AGUCCUGUGACUUCUGUGCAGGCAGCGUUGCGUUCACUUCCCACUCCGUGCCAGUAAGAAUAUGCUUCCAGAAGACUGAUUGGAAAUCAAUUAAACUGAAAGGAACGUAUUUGCACCUUCAACCCCUACCACCUCAUACUUCUCAGAUCUUCAAAUUGAGCGGCAUCAUUCCUUGGAUGCAAUAAACCGCAGAUGUUUGAUGAGUUCACAGUAACAAAACAUAAAAAACUUGAAAGAAAUAAAAGAAGUCCCAUCUCGAGAGAGAAAAAAGUUGAGCGGGUGACUCAUUUGUUCAGACCGCAGACCAGAAAGAGAGAGAUGGAGAGGAGCAACCACCUUCUGCGACUGCCAAACAUGCACAGCAACGGGCUGAACGCUGCCGGUGACCACAAAAGGACUCCGAGAUCUCUACGGAGCAAAUAUUCACCAAAGUUUUAGCUGAUUCUUCUGAACCAUUUAAAAGGAAUCAAGAAUUGAGAGAUGGCGACACCCAAAAACACUCCUCGAGGCGCAAGCUCCCCACUUUCCCCCAACCGCAUCACCCGUCUCCAAGAGAAGGAGGAUCUCAGCAACCUCAACGACCGCCUGGCCGUUUACAUCGACAAGGUCCGGUCCCUGGAGGUGGAGAACGCCGGCCUGCGUCUGCGCAUCACCGAGUCCGAGACCGAGGUGUCCCGGGAGCUGACGGGCCUCAAGGCCGCCUACGAGACGGAGCUGGCGGACGCCCGGAAGACUCUGGACUCUGUGGCCAAAGAGCGUGCGCGUCUGCAGCUGGAGGUGGGCAAGCUGAGGGAGGAUUACAAGGAGCUAAAAGCAAGGAACACUAAAAAAGAAUCGGAUCUGGCAGGAGCGCUGCUGAGACUCAAAGACUUGGAGGCCUUGCUGAACUCCAAGGACGCGUCUUUGACGACCGCAUUGGGAGAAAAGCGUAGCCUUGAGGCAGAAAACAGGGACCUGAAGACGCAGGUUGCUAAGCUCGACACCAGCCUGGGCGAUGCCAGAAAGCAACUGCAGGACGAGAUGCUGAGGAGAGUGGAUGGAGAGAACCGCAUUCAGACCCUCAAAGAGGAGCUGGAGUUCCAGAAGAACCUCCAUUCUGAGGAGCUGCGCGAGGUGAAGCGACGCCAUGAGUCCCGUAUGGUCGAGUUGGACAACGGCCACCAGCAGGACUUUGAAAGCAAACUGGCCGAGGCCUUGAUGGAGAUGCGAAGCCAGCAUGAGCUGCAAGUAAAACUCUACAAGGAUGAGCUGGAGAAGACCUACAAUGCCAAGCUGGAAGGCGCGCGUCAGUCAGCGGAUCGCAGCAGCCACCUGGUGGGGGCGGCGCACGAGGAGCUUCAGCAGACGCGGGUGCGCAUGGAGUCUAUGUCGGCCCAGCUCAGCCAGCUGCAGAAACAGCUUGCAGCUCGUGAUGCAAAGGUGAAGGACCUGGAGGAGGCUCUGUCUCGGGAGCGGGAUACCAUGCGUCGCCUUCUGGGAGAGAAAGACCGAGAAAUGGCCGAGAUAAGGCAGCGGAUGCAGCAGCAGCUGGACGAAUAUCAGGAGCUGAUGGACGUCAAGUUGGCACUCGAUAUGGAAAUAUGUGCCUACAGGAAGCUGCUCGAGGGCGAGGAGGAAAGGCUGCGUCUUUCUCCAAGUCCACCGCCGACGAGGAUGGCAGGAAGUCGCUCCUCGGCCGCGUCGGCUCACUCCCGAUCCUUCAACUGCGGCGCUCAGACGUCUCCCCCGAAGAGGCGGCGCCCCAACGACACGGACAGCGAGGCCUCGAGCUUCGCUGGCGGUGCCGUCGCGCGGACCCGCGUCACCCAGCAGGCCUCUGCCAGCGGGCGUGUCACGGUGGAUGAGGUGGACCAGGAAGGCAAAUACGUCCGACUCAGCAAUAAAGCUGAUGAGGACCAGAAUUUGGGCAACUGGCAGGUGAAGCGCCAGGUUGGCUCUUCAGCACCGAUUGCAUUCAAGUUUCCCGCAAAGUUCAUCUUGAAGGCUGGCCAGAGGGUCACGAUCUGGGCGGCUGGUGCAGGAGGACACCACAGCCCUCCCUCUGACUUGGUCUGGAAGACCCAAGCCAACUGGGGCACCGGAGACCAGUUCCAGACCACCUUGAUCAGCGCUAAUGGAGAGGAAAUGGCGAUGAGGAAAGUCACUCGCACGCAUUUUGACGAUGAUGAUGAUGACAUGGUGGCUCACAGCACCUGCGGGGACAGCGAGUACAACCUGCGUAGUCGCACGGUCCUGUGCGGCUCCUGCGGCCUCCCCUCGGACAAGUCCAACAACUGCAGCAGCGUGUCCUCAGCUUCCCGCUCCUUCCGCAGCGGUGGCAUCUCGGAGGGUCUGUUGCCCCACUCGUACGUGUUCAGCACCAGCACAGCUCGCAAGAGUGGAACACGUAUUGAGAAAUGUCCAAUAAUGUGAGGCCUUGGAUCGUUGGUGUUCAUUUUUCAUACCAAUUCAUUUAUAUAGUUAGGUUUCUUUGAUACAAUUUUCUCCAUGUAAUCUCCAAGUUGAUUUACGCUCAAACUGUACAUAAGCAUGCUUAUGGAAAUUUGUCAGGCAAUUAUAUAUGAGCUGUAUAGUUUCAUACAGAAUUUUGACAUCUUAACAUUAGACUUGGGCCUUUUUUUUACUUAAUAGUUAAAACUAUGCUUUUGUACUUCUCGUAUCAAUUUAUAAACAUGUCACUU